UUUUCCUCCUCCACCAACAAAGGUAGAUGAUAGAAAGAACCAAAACAGCACUCCAUAUAUAUAUAUGUAACAAAGAUCCCCAGGCUUGACAAAAUCUCUUUUCUCUCUCUCUCUCUCUCUCUCUCUCUCUUUCUCUCUCACACACACACAAACAUAAAAGCUUAUAAGCUAGGGAUCCCAUGAGAGAUAGGUCUAUUAAACGAGAAGUGAAGCCAAUGGAAGCCAUGAAGAAGGAAUUAGUCAACAAGGGAGCAUGGACAGCAGAGGAAGAUCAAAAACUGGCCGAGGUCAUUGCAAUCCAUGGUGCUAAAAGGUGGAAGAUGGUUGCAGCUAAAGCAGGUCUUAAUCGCUGCGGCAAGAGUUGCAGGCUAAGAUGGUUGAAUUACCUAAGACCCAACAUCAAGAGAGGAAACAUAUCAGACCAAGAAGAGGAUUUGAUUCUUAGGCUUCAUAAACUACUUGGGAACAGGUGGUCUUUGAUUGCCGGAAGGUUACCCGGUCGAACAGAUAAUGAGAUAAAGAACUACUGGAAUUCUCAUUUGAGCAAGAAAAUAAAGCACAAGGAGAAACAGAGCGGAGUUGCAACAAGAGAAGGCUGCUGUAAUGGUCAGCAAAAUAGGGUGGAAGAGAAAGUAAAUGUAGAAAUGAGAGAAGAGGAGAACACAUCCAAAGGAGCUGAAGACUCAGAAAUCAACUUUGAUGUAGAUGGGUUCUUUGAUUUCUCCAAUGAGAGUCCUCUGAAUUUUGAGUGGGUCACCAAAUUCCUUGAAAUGGAUCAAGGCUGGAGUGACAUUUUUUAAACUGUAUAAACUUUUGUUUUUGCCUUUUAGAAGUUCAUGAAUUUGGUGGGGUUCAUGUUGAAGAAAAUCAGCACUUUGGUAGUCUGAAACUGUAAGUCACU